AUGAGAACCAUUGAGGAGACUCGAAAGAGAUGGGAAAUCUUAUUCCUCGGCAAUGAUACAUCCUCCGAUCUCCAGGCGGCGCUGCGGGCUGAGCAAGGUGGAAAGCUGUGCAACGAAGGGCUGAGAUCGAUCUGCUGGAAGGUGUUUUUGCUUUUUGAAGGUCUCGAUCGCGAAGAGUGGUCACAGAAGCUUGGGGAGUCACGCGAUGCUUACACUGCUCUCCGUGAUCAUUUCCUGAAAUAUAUCGAACAUCCAGAUGAUCUGGAGUCAACAGUGGAUCCACUAGCGGAUGAUGAGGAGUCUCCAUGGCAAACCCUCCGCAAUGACGAAAAUUUACGAGCCGAAAUCUCUCAGGACGUCGAUCGAUGCUUGCAAGAGAACUUUUUCUUUCAGGAACCGACGACAAAGUCCAUAUUAACCGACGUCUUGUUCGUGUACUCGAAACUCAAUCCUGAUGUCGGUUACAGACAAGGCAUGCAUGAAUUGUUAGCCCCCAUUCUAUGGGUGGUAGAUCGAGAUGCCGUUGAAAAGCCACCGGGAAGCUUCAUAAAUACCACAGAUAAUAAAGACGACCCGCUCAUGCUCGAUCUUCUUGAUUCGCAGUUCGUGGAGCAUGAUUCAUUUACAUUAUUUCUUGCUGUCAUGCAGACAGCACGCAUAUACUACGAGCAUGGGGAAACCAAAUCCGCGAACGGUCAGGUCGAUGUGAUACCAAUCGUCAAUCGAUGCCAGUAUCUCCACACUGAGGCUCUUAUGAUUAUCGAUCAUGAAUUGGCGGAACACUUACAGGCCGUGGAUGUUCUUCCCCAGAUCUUCUUAACUCGAUGGAUGCGUCUUUUAUUCGGUCGAGAAUACCCAUUCGACGAUGUGCUCAUGAUGUGGGAUGUGCUCUUCGCGCAUGGGCUACGGUCUGAUCUUGUAGACUUUACUUGUAUUGCGAUGUUGCUUCGAAUCCGCUGGGAAUUACUUAAGGCGGAUUAUUCCGGUGCCCUAACACUGCUACUUCGCUAUCCUUCACCUCAGCCGCAUGCACCCCAUGAAUUCGUGAAAGAUGCCCUGUAUCUGGAACAAAAUCCUACUGCAGAACGAGGGAGCUUUAUCAUCUCAAAGUACUCUGGUAGAGCGCCAGAAUCUCCGAAGCGACACAGCCAGUCCGGUUUACGACCUGCUCGGAAAGCCUUUCUUUGGGAGGAUUUUAAGAGUCGCAGUAAUAGCAGCUCACCGGCUUCCUCAGCGAGAAGUAGUCCCAAGAGCCUCGAAGCGCUAUUCCAAGAUGUUUCUCAAGGCAUCCAGCGCCGCACAGAGUCUUGGGGUGUGGCCAAGGCGGUUCGAGGGGCCGUCACAGAAGCCCGCAAGAACAUGCAAACGAUGCAUUACGAACCCGGUCCACGGAUGACUGCUGUUAAUCACAAACCAGGACCUUUUACGAGUGUACCAAACGCACCGCCCAAGUCCACGGCUACCGAACUUGGGUUGGAAAAGAAGAUUAGCCGCUUGGAGGAAAGAAACAAGGAACUUUCCACUGCCUUGGGCGAAGCACUGGAUAGCCUUCAGUCUCAGCUAGCGGAACACUCCAAUCCGAGCGCAAAAGUUGCCAUGGAGCAGGCAUUGAUCCGAGCCGAGCAGGUCCGGCGUUGUCUCGAAGACCCCUUGCUCCCAGUAGUCGCGACACCGCGCCCGGUCCAUGUAGAUAAGGAGCCAACCAAACCCACUGAGCCACCAUCCGAUUCGAAAGCAGACCACCCAGCAGAAGUGGCGCAAGAUCAGCAGGGCAGAGUUCUUAAGGCGGAUGCCCGCGGCCCGAGGGCCGAAAGUGGAACCAGCAGGCCUGUCACCAUUGCCAAUCGCGCGACGAGUACCAGCCAGGCCGACGGUGAGCGGGUAUCGAGGUCCCUUGUGCGGCCAUCCCUGUCGGAUGCAGGGUUCUCGUGGAUGUUGGAUGGAAGCCGAAACGCCUCCAGCUUUGUGAGUUCCGCGUCAGUUCCCCCCGAGCAGACCAGACACCAGGACUAUACUCGGAAUAAAGGCAACCCGCUCUUUGGGAAUGGAGAUGAGAAGGCAGCAUCAGACCUCGAGCAUGAUGAACUAGCGCUUCAUAGUCUCGGAGGUGUCCGAGGGCCACUGUAA